UUUAUUUUCUUAUCCUCUUUCUUUUCUUUUCUUUUUUUCCACCCCUAAUUUUUGUGAGAAAUUGCUUGCUGCUAUCAUCCCCAUUCCCUUUGAAGUUUGAAUGAUUUUAUUAUCGCAUUCAGUUUGUUUCGUAAUUCCUGGUUUUCCCAAAAUUUAUCAUUAUCUUGUUGGUAUUUAUAAAACUUUGAUUUCCAUUUCUACUCCUCGAUCUCCUUCCAUCUGGGUUUGUGGAGUUGAUUCAGUUUCUUUCUUCAUCGAGAUUAGUUGAGGCAUCGGUACCCUUUUAGUUAAACAGGUGAAAUGAGCAUAAUUUUGUGUCUGGCCAUUGCCACCGAACUAAACCAAUUCACUAGCUUUCAUCCUUCCCUGUUUCAUCGGAGUAGCUGAGGCACAUGAUGCCUUGUCUGAAAUCAAAUCAUCUUAUUGAAAUCAACCCUUGACGUAUCUAUCUAUCAUAGCAAAUUCGAUUUUUUAAGAACAUUUUUUUUUUAAAGAAACAGGAACUUCAUUGUCAAAGGGACAAACAGAGCGGGGAUGAGAUAUCUCCAUACCCCAAAGGAUUAAAAGAAGAAAAAAAAAAAAACAAGAAGAAGCCUCCCAGCUAGUGGGUUUUUAUAUUUUCCUCCUUUCUUCCAAUUGAAUAAGGUAAUAGAUAUUAGAGACGGAAGCUUUUAAGUGAAGGUAUUGACUUAUUUCAACAUAUCAAUGACCUAUACACCUCCAACAUGGGCGACAUUUGCUGCUGCUGCAUUUGUUAUUCUGACUCUUGUCCUUUCACUAUAUCUAUUGUUCGAGCACCUUUCUGCAUAUAAGAAUCCGGAGGAGCAAAAGUUUUUGAUUGGAGUUAUCCUAAUGGUACCAACUUAUGGUGUAGAAUCAUUUGUAUCAUUGGUGUACCCAUCAAUAAGUGUUUAUCUUGAGAUCCUACGCGAUUGCUAUGAAUCCUUUGCAAUGUACUGCUUUGGACGAUAUCUGGUUGCUUGCUUAGGUGGGGAAGAAGGGACGAUUGUAUUUCUAGAGAGAGAAGGACGUUUAAAUACUAAGACACCAUUAUUAGAACAUAGCUCAGAAAAGGGAACAAUCAAGCAUGUUUUCCCUAUGAACCUUUUCUUAAAGCCAUGGAAAAUUGGUGGAUGGGUUUACCAUGUUAUCAAAAUUGGGAUCGUCCAAUAUAUGAUGAUAAAGUCCCUCACUUCUAUUUUAGCUGUAGUUCUUGAGAACUUUGGCGUUUAUUGUGAAGGAGAUUUUAAUUUCAAAUGCGGGUAUCCUUAUAUGGCAGUGGUUUUAAAUUUCAGUCAAUCAUGGGCAUUGUACUGUCUGAUUCAGUUCUAUGCAGUUACGAAGAAAGAAUUGAUACAUAUAAAGCCAUUCGCCAAGUUUUUGAUGUUUAAAUCUAUAGUAUUUUUGACUUGGUGGCAAGGUGUUGGAAUUGCUCUCCUAUCUUCCCUCGAUUUGUUCAGUUCUGUAGCCCAAGGGUUACAGUUUAAGUCAAGUGUCCAAGAUUUCAUCAUUUGUAUCGAGAUGGCCAUUGCUUCUAUGAUUCACUUGUAUGUAUUUUCUGCAAAACCCUAUGAACUUAUGGGGGACCGUUAUCCUGGAAGUGUUUCUGUUCUUGGCGAUUAUGCAUCUGUCGACUGUCCUUUAGAUCCAGAUGAGGUCAGGGAUAGCGAGCGUCCUACAAAGUUACGCCUACCCCAGCCUGACCUCGAAGACCAAGACCCCAAGAUGGGCAUGACAAUCAAAGAGAGUGUCCGAGAUGUUUUUGUUGGUGGUGGGGGCUAUAUUGUGAACGACCUGAAAUUCACAGUAAACCAAGCAGUUGAACCUGUGGAAAAAGGAAUAACGAAGUUCAAUGAAAAACUGCAUAAGCUCUCCCAAAACAUUAAGAAACGAGACAAGGAUAAAAAAAAAACCAAGGAUGACAGUUGUAUUAAGUCGCCCACACAAAAAGUCAUUCGAGGAAUCGAUGACCCCCUUUUGAAUGGGAGCUUCAGUGAUAGCACGAUCGUUCGGGAAAAGAAGAACCGUCGAAAAUCAGGUUAUAUAAGUGCAGAAAGUGGCGGAGAAAGCAGCAGCGAUCAGGGUUAUGGUAAGUACCAAGUUGCUGGCCGCCGAUGGAUCACCAAAGACUAGUAAACAAUAGGUACUACUCUUUAUAAUCAAAGCAAGAAAAAGAUGAAUGGUUGUGGUUCACUCAUCAAGUGGAGUCCCAAUAGAUGAGAGAUGUGCCUGAAUUUUAGAGCAUUCUGCUUUGUGUGAACCCUCUCCAAAUGCAGUGAGGCAUAGCAAUGGUGGGAAGAUUCCAUAGAAAACUCCUGGUAUGAUGUGCAACCAGAUGCCAAGGUAAUUUCUUGGUGCACAGAGGAUUUUACUUCAUCUAUUAUGGGUUAGUGUAUCAUGAUUACAAACUAUGUUGGGCUUUUACCAUUCUUGUAAAUAGCUGGGGCUAUGAUAAUCAGAACUGGGAUAUUCUGCAUAAUUUAUUUCUCGGGUGGACACACAUAUAUAUAUAUAUUAGUACAGAGAUUUGUUAAAAACUUA